AAUAUAUUUAGAUAUAGGAAACUUAUACUAACGAGUUGACUUCAUUAAGCAUUAUGGCACCCAAUACUAGCAAAGAUGUCAUCGAUAUCGAUUUUAUGGAUGCAGAAGAAUCAAAAUUGGAGAAAUUGGUGGGUCCGCAGGCCGGACCGUGGAAAUAUGAGAUAAUUUAUGACCGUUUAGCAGUUUUUGGAUAUUUUCACCUUGCGGCUUUGUAUGGACUCUUUCUCGCUUUGACUGCUGGUCCAGCAAUGUCUACGAUUAUUUUUCAUUGCGUUAUAUUUUUUAUCUCAAGCUUCGGUGUAUCUGCUGGACUGCAUCGUCUCUGGUCUCACAAUGCAUUUAAGGCAAAACUUCCCUUGCAAAUUAUACUGAUCCUUUGCACUUCUUUAACAUUAGAGUAUAGUGUUUUAAAUUGGGUCAGAGAUCACCGAUUACAUCACAGGUAUACCGAUACAGACGCAGAUCCACAUAAUGCGGCUAGAGGGGUUUUCUUUUCACACAUAGGCUGGUUGCUCGUCAAGAAGCAUCCGGAAGUAAAAAGACGCGGAAAGUUUACAGACAUGAGAGAUGUCAACGCGAAUCCCGUUUUAAGGUUUCAAAAGAAGUGGGCCGUACCCUUUAUUGGUAGUAUGUGUUUUAUAAUACCAACUUUGAUACCUAUGUACUUCUGGAACGAGGGACUAAACGUGGCGUGGCAUCUGAGUCUUCUCAGAUACGUUGUAUCUCUCCACCAAACACUCCUAGGUAAUAGUUAUGCACAUGCCGUAGGAACUAGGCCAUAUGACAAGCGCAUACUACCCACUGAUAAUAGAUCAUUGAAUGUCGUCAUCCUGGGGGAAGGAUUCCAUAACUUUCAUCAUGCAUUCCCAUGGGAUUAUAGGUCUGCAGAAUUGGGGACUUUGUUUUUUAAUCCGACUGCUUGGUUUAUCGAAUUGUUUGCUAAGAUUGGAUGGGCAUACGAUCUAAAGACUGCGUCAAAAUUUGUAAUAGAGGGUAGGGCUCAAAGAACUGGUGAUGGUACCCGGGUUCAAAAUAAGUCUGAUUUAAACGUUAAUUCCUAAUGAUUUAUUGAACUAAUUUAUAUGCAUAUGAAAGAGAUUUUUCGUAUCAACAUAUGUAAAAUUUUUUUAGGUUAUGAUUUUGAUUUUGUCACUUUUUUAUGAUAACUGAUUUGCAUUGUAUCAAUACGUAUUAAUAUAAAAUAUACUAAAUAAUCGUUAAAACUGAA